UUACAUGACAUAUUAUUGAUAAGUUGAGCUCUAGGGCAAUGAGUUCAAACGCUUCUAAUGUAAUUUUUAAUUACGAUAAUAUAAUUUGUUGUAAAGCGGCAAUUGGUUUGUGACAAUAAGUUAUAAGAAGGUCUUAACAUAACUUUAACAAUAUGGCAAAUAGUUAUUUUGUCAUAUUGUCAUUGUAUUUGGGUUGUGCACUCAGUGAGCGAGUAUCACCUCCACUGAUUGUUAAAGGACCGCCAAACGAUGAGUUACUUUUUGAAGUACCUGAACAUGAGGACGAGCACCGGCCAAUUGUUUUAAAUUGUGAAGCGGAGGGAUUUCCCGCACCAAGAUAUUCAUGGCUCAAAAAUGGCAAACCAUUUUACUAUCAAACUUAUGAUGACAGAAUAUUAAUGCAACCUGGCCGAGGUACAUUAGGCAUAGUUAAACCAGUAAAUGAAGAUAGUGGUCAAUACCAAUGUUUUGCUAAAAAUGAAUAUGGUAUUGCUACUUCUAACUCUGUCUUCUUACGUAGAGAAAAACUUGAUUCAUUCAAGAUAAGUGCUCCAACGACUGUUGUUGGUAACGAGGGCGAACCAUUCAAGAUAACGUGUAAUCCACCUGGAGGGUAUCCGAAACCCAAAAUUAGUUGGGUUUAUUUUUAUAAUUCAGGCGCCAUUAAAUCCAUUAAUUCUUCUCGGAUAACUAUUGAUCCAGAAGGAAAUCUGUGGUUUUCUAACUUAACUCGAGUAGACGAUAGUGAUGGGCAGAGGUUUUACGCAUGUGUAGCAAUCUUAGCAGUAAAGCAGGAAUACAAAAUUGGUAACAGAAUAUUGCUCAAUGUAACACGACUUGAAGAUUUUAAUCGCAACAGACAACCGCCUACGAAACAAUAUGUCAGUAAAAAGAGUGAAGUGGGCUUACGAGGAAAAUCUGUAGAACUAUUUUGUAUAUAUGGUGGAACACCUGUACCUCAAAUUUUUUGGAGUAAAAACGGACGCAUAUUAGAGACUUCAAAUCGAAUAAGACAAAAUAAUUAUGGAAAAUCUCUUCUAAUAAAGGAUGUCGAUAUUAACGAUGCAGGAACUUAUACUUGUGAAGCAAGUAAUGGUGUUGGUGAAGCUCAGACAAAUUCAAUAUACUUGAAUGUUUUUGCAAGUCCUUAUUUCCUAACGAAACCAACAAAUCAUAAUGCCGCUGAAGGAGAUAGUGUAGAACUGGAAUGUAAGGCAAGUGGUGUACCAGAACCACAAAUAAAAUGGAUACACAAUGGAAAACCUAUUGAAGAAUCAUUAGACAAUCCUAGACGAAAAGUUUUAGGCAAUAAGAUUAUAAUAGAGAAUUUACAAAAGAACGACACAGGAAAUUAUGGGUGUAAUGCAACCAAUAGUUUAGGCUAUGUUUAUGAGGAAGUUUACGUUAACGUUUUGAAUGGAAUACCAGAAAUCAUAGAGGCUCCUAAAGAAGUGAAGGCCGUCGAAAAGCAGAGUCUAAUGUUAUCUUGUAAAACCUUUGGCGUGCCUAAGCCUACAAUACGAUGGUUUCGAGACGGAAUUGAACUUACUGGUGCCAAUUUCCAGAUUCAACCCAACGGUACUUUGUUGAUUAAAGAUGUACAUUUUGAAGACAGCGGGAGUUACUCCUGCUAUGCUGCUAACAAGUUCGGAAAUGCAAGCGCCAUUAGUCAAGUUCAGGUUAAAGCACGGACCUACAUUUAUAAAGGUCCAGAAGACACUGAGGCAGUCGCAGGAUCUUCAGUUACAUUACAGUGCAAUGCCAUAGCUGACACCGAGCUUUACCUGGAAAUUAUUUGGUUAAAAAAUAACAAAUCUUUAGAUUUUGAAAAUGAGUACAGAUUUUUAAAGUCCGCUGAUAAUUCCUUGAUGAUAUUAAAAGUUAAUGAGUUAGAUUCUGGAACUUACAAAUGCCUAGCACGAACUAAGCUGGAUGAAGCUUCAGCAGAAAGUUAUCUUAUAGUGCAAGAUGUUCCAAAUCCACCAAUAAUCGAAGCAGUGGAAUGUUACUCCAGAAAAGCUACCAUAACCUGGUUACAAGGUGGUGAUAAUCGUUCUCCAAUAUUAUAUUACAUUAUACAAUAUAGUACUCAGUUUUCACCAGAAACAUGGGAAGAUAUUAUCCAAGUGCCUCCUUUGGAGCAUACUUCGUCCAUUCCAUUGGCAUCUUGGAAUCAAUAUACAUUUAGGAUACUAGCAGUUAAUAAAAUAGGACAAUCUAAGCCUUCCGUACAUAGCAGGGACGUAUGUAUAACACCACCUGGGGUCCCUAACAAAAAUCCUGAGUUGGUAAGAGGACACGGAACCAAACCAGAUAAUUUGGUAAUUAGUUGGGUUCCAUUGCCCAAAACAGAACACGCAGGACCUGGGUUUAAGUACCAUGUCUGUUUCAAGCGAAAUAUAGAUGGAGCUACUUACGAAUGUACAGACAUCCAUGAUUAUACUCAAAACACCUACACAGUUUCCAACCAACCAUCAUUCCAGCAGUACACAAUCAAAGUUACAGCUUCUAAUGAUAAUGGUGACGCAGAAGUCGAGCCUAUUGAAGUAAUUGGAUACUCUGGAGAUUCAAUUCCCCUAGAAGCUCCUACUAAUUUCACCUUACUCCUAGUUCCAGAUGGAAGAACAGGCUUAUUUAGUUGGAAUCCUAUACCCAAAGAAUCCUUCCGCGGUCAUAUUAUAGGUUACAAAAUAUAUACUUGGAGCGAUGCAUCAAAUUUGACAAGGGAAACUCAAAUUGGUAACUCGUCAAAAGCAUUAAUAACAUCGCUUGAUCCCUACACUAGGAAUUACGCAAGAAUAUGUGCCUUCAAUAGUCAAUAUAAUGGACCUUCUAGCCCAACCCUCUCAUUUCAUAUGCCGGAAGGAAAACCUGAUAUAAUUGACAAUUUAGAAGCUUAUCCGCUGGGGUCAACCAGUCUUCUUGUAAAAUGGAGACCUCCAAAGAGACCUUAUGGCAUACUUAGAAGUUAUAUAGUAUCUUGGGCAAAAAUUGAUACCAGUUCCUAUAGGAUAGAUAGGUUGAACACACAAACUAUUUCGGAUCCCAAUAUAACAUCAACCAAACUCACAAAUCUUCUACCUAACACAAAUUAUAGAAUAUACGUAUCAUCUACCACAAAAGCUGGAGAAUCACAACAGUUUUUCAUAGAGAAGAGAACAAGUGACGUUCAAAGUAUUAAACCAUCGAAACCAACAUUUACAUGGAUGCUCAUUCAGAGAAAUUCUGGAGUAACCGCUAGAAUUCGCUGGGUUCCAAAUACAGAAGGAAAUGGAGGGGCAAAUUUCAUAGCAAAGUGUAGAAAGAAGUAUGAUUCUGCAUGGAUCGAAUCAAUAGUUGAAACUAGAAGAGACUGGACUGAUGUAAAUGAUUUAACCGGCUCAGGUGUAUAUGAAUGCUUAGUUACUUCUUUAGAUGAGCAAUCGGUGUAUAAGACUGAUAGUGACAUUCAAGAAAUUAAUAUAAGCAAAGAGAGGAGUCAGCAUAAAAUAGUUAAUGAACAAGGAAUCUCCAGUGACAACAAUGGAAAAAGGCAUGAAACAACUUCGCCUAUAGGAACAACGACGACAGAGUCAUAUGAUUAUGAUGAUAAGGUUUAUCCACAGUUCGUUCUACCUCAACUUUAUGUAUAGAUCCACUUGUAUGGAUUGCGUUUUACUAGUUUUUAAAGAUUAUUAUUUCUCGAUGUUUAUAUUUUUAUUAUACUUUGUAGGUACUGUA